UGAGAGAAAUUGUCAGCCCAACCAGAGUCACUUCUCGCCAGAGAGUUGUGUGAAAGACAUCUCGUCUGUUCGCACACUGAUCUAUCUCUCGUUCAGGUUGAGAAAUAUUAUUUCAUCUCAGAGAAUAGUGACUUGUGUGUUGAAGUAUCUUCAGGAUUAUAUUGGAUAAAUAGAACUGUGCAGUUGGAUUCUCAAUAUAAACUCAAGUGUGUGUAGAUUUAGAUCCAACGAAUAAAUAAUAAAUUCAGUGAAUUAUUGAAUUGAAAGAUAAAGUUUGAUAUUGUUGUGAAUGAAAUUUGGUGAUGAAUGUGGAAUCAUUGGGAUUUUAACCGAAGAUAUAGAAAACACGAGAUCCAAGUGUUUCAUCCAUGACUUAAGGAUUAUCUCAGUGAACCGGCAUGGAUUGCUCUACAAAGGUGACCAUUGACAGUGUGCCGGACUCACGCCACAACAGUGAAAAUCAAACUGAUGCAGCUUCAUCAUCAUCGGUCGAGCAUUCAGACGGAUCUCAUCCCUGCCCAGCUUGUCCUUUAGUACUGCCUACAUCUCAUGAACUAACGAAUCACUUACGAGGCCACAAUUCUCCACGUAGCACAGACUACAGCGGAGAAGAAGACUACUCUUGUGGAGUUUGCCAUAAGGUACUAAGUUCCGCUAGUUCUUUAGACCGGCACGUGCUGGUUCACUCAGGCGAGCGACCAUUCAAGUGCAAGUACUGCGACAUGGCUUUUACCACCAACGGAAACAUGAACAGACACUUAAGAAAUGCCCACCGUGAGGUUUCACCUCCCAGUUACACUGAUUCUGAUGGUAGCAAUGACUCAGAUCGUCCACGACGUCACGUUGAUGAGUAUAAUAAUAAUGAAAUUGCCAAGACCAAUUCAACUGACAUUUCAAACCCUGUGUCACCAUCCAGAGGUAAAAGAAAACGAACUGAUGGAUCAGAUGAUUUUGAAGUCAGUAGAAAACAUAAGAUUUUAUUGAAUAAUGCUAGAAAUGACAACAAAGAUCUUAUCCAUGGACAAAAUGCAUUUGUUUGUCCUGUUUGUGAGACUGUAGAAUUUUCAACGGUUGCAUUAUUGGAAGCUCACCUGGAAAAACAUCACCCAGACUACACUGCCGAAUGUGAGACAUGUAAGAGGACUUUUAAAAAUCAUCGAGUAUUAAAUCUCCAUCGAUAUAUGGUGCAUUUCAAUGACAACGCAAUGAAUAAUAAUAAAAGCCUUAAAAAUUCAGUCGUUGGCUUCAACGAUUUGACUUUUGUUGAUUUUUCAUCAGAUAAAUUUCCAGCAAUUGCAAGAGCUGUUUGUGAGCAGUCUCUUCAUCGUCCAGCAUCAGGAGAAAGUGCAACAUUUAUGUGUUCAAAAUGCCUGCGAGCAUUUCCAUGUAAAUCAGCAUUAGAAGCUCAUGAAAUGGAUUGUGGAAAUCCUCAACAAAUAGCAAAUAAAUUAGAAGAAGAUAAGAUAAAAGGAAACGACUUUUUUGCUGGACUUGAUCUUCAAAAUAAGGCAGCAUUGACUGAAGCAAAAGAAGGAAAAGAUUUAGCCGACAUUCAGUCGAUUAUUUCUGUAACAUCAGGUCCAAUACUUCCAAGAUCUGAUACUAGCACUCCAGAUCAUCAAGUUAAAUUGAACUCGACAAUAGGAUCAUCAGGAUCGUCAGGAGCUGCAUCAGAGUAUCAUGAAGAAGAAGCGCAAGACGCUUUUGCAGCAGAAGUCAGACGAAUGAAAUUGAAAGGAGAAUUUCCAUGCAGAUUGUGUACUGCAAUUUUCCCUAAUCUUCGUGCUUUGAAAGGUCAUAAUCGUGCACAUAUGGGAGUAGGACCUGGAAUGCCAUAUCCUUGUAAUAUGUGUCCUUAUACGUCAACGGACAAAGCUACUUUGGUGAGACACUUGAGAUCCCAUAAUGGAGAUAGGCCCUAUGAGUGUGCUCUAUGCCAUUAUGCUUUCACGACCAAAGCUAACUGUGAAAGACACGUGAGAAAUCGUCAUGGAAAGUUGACUAGAGAAGACAUCAAGAGUGUAUUAAUUUACCAUCCAAAUGAAGAUUCCACUAACGAAAAUGUUGACAGGGGAUCUCCUAGAGUAAUGAGAGAAGAUUCGAGAAAAUCUCUCAAUUACUCUAAUGAUCGAGAUGAUUUUUAUCAACAGAUGCACUAUCCAAUGGAGAUCAAACAAGAUGUGGGAAUCAGUGAAGAAGCUUUGCGACUUCGACACAUGGGAAUCCCUACAAUGGUUGCUAAUUCAGUAAGUCACUAUGAUAAAACUGAACUAAUCUCUAGACCUCCAGUUGUUCAUCCUCUAGAACUGACUCACAGAAUCUCCGAAAACUCUGGAAAUCAUGAUUUUAUGAUAAAGUCCGAGUAUAUGAAGAUGAAUGAUCAAGACUCUAGAUCUUCUGAAGGUAGCGCGUCAAUGAAUGCUAAUCAAUCUCUAGUCACCGAAGCCAAAUCUGAAUCGCACCAAAGAAUUCAGGCUAGUCCGAUUGACUUAAAGAAAAAUGAUGUGACAAACGAGGACGCUCCUUUGGAUCUUACAAUGGAUGUAUUAGAUCUUAGUAAGAAGUCUAAAGAGACUGGAUCAGAUUUAUCAGCCAAUUCUGAUCACUCUGAGAGAAGUAAAGACUUUUACGACGCAACCAAUCAAUUUUUAUUAACUCAAGCGUUAUUAAAAGCUGGUCAAUCUGGAAAUUCAUCAUCUUUAGAGGCACUAUAUGCCAAUGCUCAUCUUUUAUACAGAAAUUUUGGUGGAUUCUCGGCAGGUACUGGAAUCUUACCUCCGUAUUUAUUUAAUCCUCAUUUAUUUGGCCAAGAUCUUGCUGUAAGAGAUAGAUUACAAAAGGAAUUAGUUCGAGGAUUACAGUUGACCAGUGGAGGCACAUUGGUGGAGCCUUCAAUGAGUAAUCCAAAUUUUUCAAACUAUUCAACCAACAGAGACAUUCCUCAACCAUCACAAAAUGAACAAGGUGAUUAUUCUAAACUUAUAGCAUCACAGUCAAGUUCUCGAGUUGUUAGUCCACGAGAAAGAAUCGACAGCACCUCAACAUCUAACUCCGUCAAGAUGGUUAUUAGAAAUGGAGUUCUGGUCCAGAAACAAAAACAAAGGAGAUAUAGAACUGAAAGACCAUUUACUUGUGAGCAUUGUACGGCUAGAUUCACGCUUAGAAGUAACAUGGAACGACACGUUAAACAACAACAUCCACAAUACUGGUGUCAAAAACCUCGUGGAGGUCAUUCUACUCGUGGUAGACCACCAACUUAUCCUCCAACACUUUUACGAAGCCUCAAACGAUCCAAUCGUGCUCUUCAACAACCUUACCCUAGUAUUUUGCCGAAAUCUGGUUCUAAUGAAAGGAGUAAAGAUAGUAAGCAUGCAAUUUCUGAUCAAGUUAAAUACGCUAUUCUUGCUCAACAGCUAAAAGGUAAUCAAAAUGAGGAUAAUGAUACUGAAGAAGAGUUGAUAAUUGAUGAAAAUCCCGACAAAAGGUCUGAAUUUGAUGAUGAAGAUCGUCCUAUUAGUCUAUUAAGAGGAAAAUUAGAAGAAAACAAAGAUAACGGAAAGAAAAUGGAUGAAGAAAAAUCAGAAAGUGAUGCUAAUCCAGAAGAUAUGGUAUUAAGAUGUAAAGAAGAACCUCUAGACGUUGAUGAAAUGAAAGAAAAUGAAAAAGAAAAUCCGAAAAAUGAAGAUGGUGCAGAUCUAGCGAGUGUUUCGGAGUUAUUAGAUAAUGCCUCACAACAGUACCAACAGUUUAGGCCACAAGAUAUGAGUGAUGAAGAAGGCUUAGUGGCUUCUACUAGUGACUGUAACAAUUCAGGAAGUGAUGAAAAGUCUGACUCAGUUAAUUCGAAUAAUUCAGCUAAUUCUGUAUCAUCGAAACUAAAGAAGAAGAAAAAGAAAAAGAAGAAGAAGAAAUCUGCUUAUUCUAUGGCACCAAAUAGAGUAAUAUGUCCAUACUGUCAACGACCUUUCCCUUGGACUUCAUCGCUCAGGCGACAUAUUCUUACUCAUACUGGUCAGAAGCCUUAUCAAUGCAUGUACUGUUCCUUACUUUUUACAACCAAAUCUAACUGCGAUCGUCAUUUGCUCAGAAAACACAAGACUAAUCCUAACAAUGUUCAACGUGUUAGGAAUUCAUCUUCACCAGAAGCUCAAGAAAUCCCUGUCAAUAAUAACACUUUUGCAACAAGAAAUGUACCAGAGAGACCCUAUAAAUGCAAUCUCUGUCCCAGUUCCACUUUUUCAACGCUAGGAAACCUAAAGAAACACAAAGCUACCAAGCAUCCACAUGGAGAAAAAUCAUCUAGGCCUGAAAGUCCAAUUAGUGAGACUCAUUCAGAGCAACAUCAUAGUCCAGCUCCAUGUCCAGAACAAAAUGAUCGAAGUGAUUAUGAAAGCCAAUCGUCUAGUGUCUCAGAAAAUAUGGAGACUAACACCAAUAUUGAAAAUAAAGUUCCUAAUAUUCAUCCACCAAAUAUGGAUGUCUCUAGACCACGAAGACCUUCUCCAAGAUCAUCUCCUGGACCAUCACCUAGUGAUGUUCCUUUCAAGUGUCAUCUCUGUGACAGCGGUUUCUCCGAACGACAAGACUGUCUAGAUCACAUUAAAGAUAAUCAUGAAGAGUCUUAUGAAAUGCUUUUGGCUAAAGGUGCUCUUGAUAUGGACACAGAAAAUAUGGAGGACCACGCACCUGCCCAACAUCUCAGUGAUGGAGAAGAAAAACGAGGCAGAUUUCCUGACUACAGCAAUCGGAAGGUUGUUUGUGCCUUCUGUAUGCGUAGAUUUUGGUCCGCAGAAGAUCUUCGACGUCAUAUGCGUACACACACUGGAGAACGACCAUACUCCUGUGAUAUCUGCUGCAGACGAUUCACACUGAAGCAUAGUAUGCUUCGUCAUCGUAAAAAGCAUGAAUCAGUUGACUCAACAAUCUACGUAGGAACCAGCGGUGAUGAGGAAACAAAUCCUAUUCAACCACCUACCAUUACACCACGUAGCCAACAAGUAAUGAUGACUUCAGCAAAUAUUGGAGAAACUAAAAUCCAAGACAGGAUUUCAUUACCAACUGUGGCAACUGUAGCAACAGGAGAUGCAGCUCCAAGUAGACUUAUGAGAUUUAAUCCGUAUGAAUCACUCACGACACUAACUGGUAAAUUAACUAAUCAACAAAGUUUUCAUUCCGAAACAACUCCUGAUACAGAAAAUGAUUUGAUCUCCAACUUACUUGGAAUCAGGGAUAAGAGCAUCAUUGACAAAGUUCUCCAAGCAUCUGCUGAUGACGCAGCAAAAUUACUUGGAGUAAACAGAAGUCAUGAUUAAGCUCUUAAAUGUAAAACUGUUUUUGUACAAAUAUUAAUUAGUUAUAUGAUUUAUUAUUGAUUAUUGAUUAACGGAAAGUAACAAAUUGGGUUAAAUGAAUUAAUAAUUUCCCAUUACGUUCACGAUCGUGCCUUACAGAAGAUAAUUAACUUACGAGAUGCGACAGUUCUCGUCGACUCGUGGGAUACCUUGGCAUUUACAUCUAAUAGAGAAAGUAAGAUUUGAUAAGAUUAUUAGAAAGUGGUAAUAACUUGAGUGUUAAUGACAAAACGAUUUAGACAAUGUGGCUUAAAAUAUUUUUUCUCAAUAAUAACACAUAAUCAAUGAAUGGCAAAAAUUAUUUGUACUUCAAAAAUAAUUUUUUUUCAUUUAAAACCGUAAAGAUUUACGGUAGUAUAAUUUUUUCAUUAUAGUUUAAUAAUUAAUUUGAUAAUUUAAUUUAAAAAAUUGGUGCAGUUUACGGGUUAUUAUUUUCUGUCAGUUGGUUGUGCUGUUAUUUUAUUUACACUAUAUUUUUUAUUAACGUAUAUAGAGUAUAUGGAUAAAUUUGUGUGUAAAUAAUAUAUAUUUCAAGCCAUAAUUAUAAAAAAUAUUAUCAUGUAUAAUCUGAAAAUAUAUAAAUAAAUUUAUGUAGAUCAUAAAACGUAAUUUUUAAUUUAACUAAUAAGAAAAAGAACUAAAAAAUGUAAGUUUUCUUGCUUUCAAGAGUAAUGAGAAACAGAAAAGUCCGAUAAGUAAUUGUAUAAUAUAACUGAUAAAUAACUUAUAACAAAUAAAGUUUAAUUUCACUUGACGUAAAGUAAUUGUCGAUUAUCUAUAAUUUAUUUACGUCAACUGUAACAUAAUAAGCUAGGUUGUAUGAAAAUCCCAAAGGAAAAUAUUUUAAAAUAAAUAUAAUAGCCAUACAUCUUUUUCUUGAACUUAACAUUUAUAUUACAUCAACAGUAAAUCGUAAUUGUACGAUGUUACUCUAUGUGUAAAAAUCUUUUUAAAAAAUGUUAAAAGAUAAAUUUUGUGGGAUUGUACUCGUUAUAAUGGCCAGAAUAUUAAUAAGAGAAAUGAUAGUGAGAAAAGAACUUUCAAUAUUAAAUUAUAUUUGAAAGAAAUAAAAUAAAUUGUCAUGAAAAAUAACAAUUAGUCCGAUAUACUAAAGAUUUGUAUGAAUAAGUAGAAUUUUUCGAAAAUGAGGAAUAAUUAUAAAAUCAAAUGGAAUUGUGGGUGUAAAAUGAAUUGAUGUGAAGCAAUAUAUUAAGAGAGUUUAUUGAAAAUGAGUAAUCAAUUUAUAUUCUAUUAACAACAAAGUUAAUUAUGAUAUGUAAAUAAUAUUUAACAAGUAACUUUAAUAAAUAUUGUAAAUUUUCCAUUUCGGAAAAUAUAA